AUGGCGUCAGGAGUGAACCCAGUGUUCCCUGCACCUUCUAGUGUCACAUCCACCUCUCGGUCUCGAUCCUCAAGCCCGCAGAAGUUGGGCGAAUCCACCUACCGCUCGCGAACACUAUUCCGUGCAGGUAUUUACGUUGAUGUUGUGAACGUGCCUGAAGAAGUACAAGACCGAAUCAAUACCGCUCUUGGAACCCGCACCGCGGAUACUGUCACCCUCUCAGAUUUAGCAUCAAAGCUUCAACAGAAAUCUCUAAAACUCACCGCCGCUCAGGCCGGUGAAGCUGAUUGGACCUCGCUCUUGCAUGAUAUCAUGGAACAGUUGAUGCCCUCAGAUCUACUACUCGCACAAAACAGAGAUUGGCAACCUGACCUAAAACCAAAAGUCCACCAACCGUCUUUCCCCCUGCCUUCUGUGCCCAGAAAGCGGCUAUGCGAUCAAGGCGGAGGUCAAGAAUUAGGGUGUUCCCAAAGCAAUAUGCCUUCGGAUCCCAAUCCCCCAGACCCCGCAGCCCAGACUGUCCGAAAUGGAGGGCAAGGUGAAUUGCAGCUCGACGUUGUUCCUGAAUCGAGUCCGAACAGAUUGGCUCCAGCUUCGAAAACAGCAUCCGGGCAAGCACCCAUGACACCAUUCUUACUGAAAACCCCGAGACCCGACAUAUGUGUAGGUAUUGCGGAUGACUCACUCGCGCAGGCAUUACGAUCUCGUCAGGUUGCAAAUGCAAAGUAUCUAUUGAAUGACCUCCAGGAGUUCCGUGGUCUUGUUAGCGACCCUGGAGUAACCCCGCUCUAUUUACGCUUCCCGUUCUGCCUUGUCGAAGCGAAAUCCGGUGCAACAGGCGGCAAUCUCUAUCAGGCACAAAAUCAGGCUGCGGUUGGUUGUGCAUCCGCCAUAGGAAUGCUAAAGCAACUUUAUAAGGCGUGCGAAGUGCCGCUGGAAACCGCUUCUGGCCAGCUGCUUACCUUCUCUGCCUCCACGGAAGGACCUGUCUGCGAGCUCUGGGCUCAUUUUUGGGACGAGGCUGACGCCAGCUACUGUAUGGCCAACAUUGGCAUUUGGCGAACGACGCAUAAAGAAAGUGCGUUUGAUUUUAUAGCUAAAUUGUCCAGUAUACUGAAUUGGGGAUCGUCGACUUUUCAGAACAGCAUAGUGGAAAAGCUGGUCUGCCUUGGUGGUCAUGAUACCCAAUUUGCACGAGCGGGUUCAUAG